AGUUGCUUCAGCUUGCUUGGGAACAUCUGGAGUCUGGAGGAUGAUAUAUAGUAGGUCUCUGUAACAGUUUUAGAGACAGAUUGAAUUACUGGUCUUAGCUAUUAUAUAGCUCCCAGGAUCCUCUGUCUAUGGAAUGGAUUAAUCCGACCUUUUUGUAGGCUUGAAGUUACCUCUCAGUGAAAUAUUUUGUGAGCUUCUCUGUAAUUUAACGGUACCUCUACUUAUCAACUGAGAUAAGUAUGCUGUUGUGAUUAUUUUUGGAAAUCUAGCAUAGCACUAAGCAGCACUUUACACGUUAUCUUUUCCUGUAUAAACCAAAGAGAAUUCUUCAGGACGACUUUGGAAAAUUGGUCGACUAACCAAUAACACAAAUACAGGAACACAGCUUCAAUACAAGUGAUUAUGAAGAGUGAGAUAUCCUUGCGUGAUAUGCAACUGGUGGGCACGUUCAGUGUCAUCCAAUCACCUGUGGCUGUUUUUCCUCCACCCCCUAUGAGCAAGCAGCUUCACACCACCUCCUGUUUCCACUUUUUAAGGCAGAUAUUUAAGUAACCAUUUACUGCCUACCCUUGCAGAUACAGAAAUCCAUAAUCUGAACUUUAUUGUUGGGCUGCUUCUUCCAGAAUGAUAACCUGCGGACCAGCCUUCUCAUUUGUUCGGUGCCUUUUGCGAAGAAAAAUUGUCACUCUGGACAGUCUUGAAGAUUCCAAAUUAUGCCGCUGUUUAUCCACCAUGGACCUUAUUGCCCUAGGAGUAGGAAGCACCCUUGGUGCUGGUGUUUAUGUCCUUGCUGGAGAAGUUGCAAAAGCAGAUUCUGGACCUAGUAUUGUUGUUUCUUUUCUCAUAGCAGCCUUAGCUUCUGUGAUGGCAGGACUUUGUUAUGCAGAAUUUGGUGCUCGUGUUCCAAAGACUGGCUCUGCCUAUUUAUAUACUUACGUAACUGUUGGCGAACUCUGGGCUUUUAUCACUGGCUGGAAUCUCAUUUUGUCCUAUGUUAUAGGUACAUCAAGUGUAGCAAGAGCAUGGAGUGGCACCUUCGAUGAACUCCUUGGGAAACAAAUUGGUUACUUUUUCAGAACCUACUUCAGAAUGAAUUAUUCUGGUUUAGCAGAAUAUCCAGAUUUUUUUGCAGUCUGUCUUAUAUUGCUACUAGCAGGCCUGUUAUCAUUUGGAGUAAAAGAAUCCGCAUGGGUGAAUAAAAUCUUCACUGCUGUUAACAUCUUGGUCCUUCUCUUCGUUAUGACUUCUGGUUUUGUGAAAGGCGAUAUGAAGAACUGGAAGAAAACUGAAGAAUUUCUUAUAAACUACACAGUAUACAUACAAAAUCUGUCAUCUUCUGAGAAUGUGACAAGUGCAUUUGGAGUUGGUGGCUUUAUGCCAUAUGGCUUUACAGGAACAUUGGCUGGUGCUGCAACCUGCUUUUAUGCUUUUAUAGGAUUUGAUUGCAUUGCAACAACUGGAGAAGAAGUAAAGAAUCCCCAGAAAGCCAUACCUAUUGGGAUUGUAAUUUCCUUGCUUGUCUGUUUUUUGGCCUACUUUGGAGUUUCAGCUGCUUUAACUCUUAUGAUGCCAUAUUACUUGAUAGAUGAGAAAAGUCCUCUCCCUGUAGCAUUUGAAUAUGUUGGAUGGGGCCCAGCAAAAUACGUUGUAGCAGUGGGAUCUCUGUGUGCUUUAUCAACAAGUCUCCUUGGAUCCAUUUUCCCAAUGCCACGUGUAAUCUAUGCUAUGGCGGAGGAUGGGUUGCUUUUCAAAUGUCUAGCUCAGAUCAAUCCCAAAACGAAGACUCCAGUUGUUGCUACUUUGUCAUCGGGGGCUGUAGCAGCUCUGAUGGCUUUUCUCUUUGACCUGAAAGCCUUAGUAGACAUGAUGUCUAUUGGUACACUUCUUGCCUACUCACUGGUAGCAGCUUGUGUUCUCAUUCUUAGGUACCAACCCAGUUUAAACUAUGAGCAACCAAAAUAUUCAGCAGAAAAAGAGGCUUUGGCAGGAUCAGAGAGAGAAAGUACAAGUGAAUCUCAAAUUAGUAUGGUACCAGGGCAUCGUUUCAGUCUACAAACACUAAUUAAUCCAUCAAGUUUGCCCACUGAACAGUCUGCUGCCAUGGUUAGCUUUCUUGUGUGUCUGUUGGCUUUCCUUGUUUGCGGUUUAAGCAUUCUGACCACUUAUGGGAUCCAUCUUCUUGCCAAUCUGGAGCUUUGGAGUAUGUGUCUCUUUGCAGCUCUGUCAGUAUUGUUUGUCAUUGACAUACUUGUCAUCUGGAGGCAACCUCAGAGUCAACAGAAAGUAGCAUUUAUGGUUCCACUCUUGCCAUUUUUGCCAUCUUUGAGCAUCUUGGUGAAUAUUUACUUAAUGGUACAACUAAGUGGAGAGACUUGGAUCCGGUUUAGCAUCUGGAUGGCACUUGGUUUCUUUAUUUACUUUGCUUAUGGCAUCCGACAUAGCGUGGAAGGCCAUCCCAGGGAGGAAGAGGAGGAAGAGGAAGAAGAUGAAGACAGCUGCUCAGAAAAAAAUGAAACCCCAGGAAAGAAUAUUGUGAGAGAUGCAAAUGAGAAUGAAAACACAAGUGAAAGUGCUCAGCUUUUUACACAUGAAAGGACAAGUGAAUGUUAAUGGUUGCCAGCUACCAUGUUGUGUAUGUCUUUUAAGCAGUGAACUGUAAUGGAAUGUAGUUGCGGGGGGGGGAGUCAAAAUGCUUGCUCUCAAAGGAUUAGCAGUAACCUACUUGAAUGAGGAUCUAGAUUGGCUUCUAGAUAUUUCAUCCAGUAGAGAUUUUCUUCCAAUGGUGGUUACCUGAAGUAAAACCACCAAGAAAGUGGAAGGGAAUAAACUUUUCAGUUGACUAAUCUUAACUGUCAUGCUAAAAAUGUUGGGAAGUUCAUUAGUGCAACAUCCUACAACCGGCAGGAUAUUACAUAAUUAGUUCCUUAGGAAGGGAGUUGAACAAUAUUGGUUUGUGUUAUUGGGGAUACAUUUUCUUGUUUUUGUGUUUUAAAACAUGGUAGCAGUGUUAAAUGGCUAAGUAACUAAACUUUUCAGCCUCUGUAAAUUCAUAAGAAUUUAAAUCCUUGGGGGGGGGGAAAUUAACCAGAUGGUUAUGUAGGAAAUACACAAAGCAGAAAUUUAGCAUAUCUUUGCCAUUCUGUUUAGUCCAUCUUUCUAAAAAAUGGUACAUGUUUUGCUGCUAUUUUAGAUGAAGAUAUACCAGGAACAUCCUUCUGAAAACUAUUAAUAAUUAGUGUUUGUAAUUACUAACAUAUUGAUAUGCUUCAUACAGAUUUUUUAAAAUUAUCUUUAUCAGUCUUAUUCCAAAUUCUCCUUUCCUGAUAGUGGAAAUCAAAAGUCAAGUUGUGAUUACUAACUUGUAAAAAACUUAAACAAUGGCAAAUAGCACGUGUCUGGAAUUUCUUAGGUACUGGGGCCCUUAUUGAAAGUGUUUUCAGUAGCUGCCAUAGGUCCCUGACAGAAGAACCAUGAACCCACCCAAAGUGCUCACAUAUAUUGCUAGGUGAACUAGCCACUAGCAAACCAAAUAUGUUUAUUAGUUUCAUAUUCCUUGGUUACAGAAAGUAACAGGGACAAAUUGGCUGUGUUCAGAUAUCACAGUAAACCAUGAUGAUAGGAACAAGCUGCAGUGAACCUCAGGCUUGCAUGCUCUUCUCCUCUCAUCUCCUCCUCCUCUAGAGUCACUGUGAGGAUUUUGGAACCUUGCACUUCCACUUUUGAUUGGGUGCAGCUUUUUGUUUCAUCCAAAAAUCAGUAAACUGGUUAAUUUUAAUCAUGGUUUCUUUGAAAUAAGCUAAAUUCAAACAAUGAACUAUGAAAUUGGCCUGUUGUAACAAGCCAUAGUAAAUAUUACACACAGUUUAGGGUUCAGAUGCAACACUAAACUGCAGUUAACAAAAAAAAUGAAAGUGAAUGUUUCUAGUCUCCUCCUCAAGGCUGUGCUGGAUAAAUAUAAUAUGGUUUAUUAUGAUGUUCAAAUGCAGCCACUGGGUCUUUCCUCCCCUUGUUGGAAAUACUAAAUCAUGAACAGAGGUUUUAUUUUUUUCAAGGAAUGUUUCCAUCUUGUUUAAAAGAGACAGGUGUAUGGAAGAAAAAAAAUCUGAAAACAUCUAAUUUAAGUAAAAUUUGAAAAUACAAAGUUAUAUUUAAUGGGUGAUGGGUCUUUUUAGUUUUGAAGUAACAUCUUGUAUAUAAACCUUGAGGCAAGUGUAGCCACCAAAGGAUCACCCUUGGGUUGCAUGUUUAUCACACGUGUACAAUCAUAACUUGGCACUAUGGCUCCAUUUCUAGCAUACCAUUUGUGAUGAGAUAGUGUAUAUUUUCACACAUUAGCCUUGUUUUGAGUAUGUGUGAGCAAACCAAAGACAAAAAUGAAGCGAAGCUGACCAGCAGCAUUAACUUCCUUCUUUUCUCAAAACAGAGAGAGAGAGACUGUGUAGCUGUGGCUGUCUCUUCUCUAGGAGCCAGGGGAAUGAUAAACUUAGAAUUUGUGAGAUGCCUUUUGGUUAAUGAAUACUGGGACCAUGUUGCAACAAUCUUUCAAACUUUUCAUUGCAACUGUUGGGUUAGAAACCCAUGUUUUAAAAAGCUGAAACUUUCAGGAUUCUAUGAAGGGCAGGGGAACAAACAAAAAAGUGCCUUAGCAUUGUAUACAAGAUGUAGAGUUUUUUCAGUCUUCAGUUUUUACCCUAAACAAGCAUUAAAAUACUAGUGAGAUGAUUAUUCACAAAUAAAGACCACCAUCCAGUUGUACUUAAGAUGUACUUAAGUUUAAUAAGGGAACUAAGGCCUGCUUUGCUCACUAGAUAAGGGGGGAAUGACUUAUGCUUUGUGUGUGUGUGUGUGAGAGAGGGGGGGGGAGGGGGGAGAGAGAGAGAGAGAGAGAGAGAGAGAGAGAGAGAGAGAGAGCACAGGAACUUGUCACCAUUCCUUACAAUAAGAGGUGGGAGCUCCAGAUGCAGAUACAGGUUUAUAGAUCUCACCAUAGGUAGGUUCCUGGUUUGGCUCUUAAAGCAGCAGUAUAAAAAGAGGAAAUGUAGCAAAUCAGUUGCAUUACUCUCCUCUUCUCUGCAUCCCUCAUGUAUAACUUCUGAAGCCAGCCUAACAAUUCUGAGUUUGCUAAGAACAGUAGAUAUGGCAGCCUUGUUCUUUGACUUUAAAACAUAUUUAAAUGACUGAAAAGGAACACUCUAAUGAAAAUUUAUGAAAUAUGAUGCUAAUGUGAGAAAUGUUGUUAAACAAAAACAAGGGUUUUGAUUGCUGCCAUUAUUGAAUGUAAAUAGUAUUGCAGGAGUUUGCAGUAUAUUGCUCUGAUUGAUUGAUCUAUUUGCUAUUUGCAAUGCAAAACAAAAAGAUAUAUAUGAUGGUAUAAUCUCUUCAAAGAUAUGUGUUAUUGAAAGAGGUCACCUUAUGGUUGUCCUUCAAAGUUCUUAAUCAGCAUUCUGUACAAACAGAAAAAGUCAGAACCUAUCCACUUUUGCUAUGCAGGUGAUACAGUCAUACAUUUUGAAUUAAAUGCUAAUUAUUUGGAUUGUGAGCUCCUCUAAUUUAGGAUUCUCCAAAUGAGGCUAGGAAUUUGCACUAUUGGCAACCCUCUUGAAAACUAGAAGGAAGCUGUCAUUAGAUAACUUACUUCAGUCUUGUUUUUAUAUUAAAUUUUGAAGACAGUGGUGGCUUUGGCAAAUGUUUGGAAAUUGAUUCAGACUAUUCGUUUUUCUGGUGAAAUACAAUACACAUAUUGAAGGUACUAGCUAGAUUGUUCUUCACAUCCACAACAGUGCCAGCACCCCGAUGUUUUUGGAACUGGGGGAGCAAUGUGUGCACAACUAUUCCCAACAUUGAGUGAAUGGGGAAUGCACAUCUUAGAUAUUCCGUGUACAGCCUGGAACUCUGCAUGUGCAAAUUAACAUCAGAAGCAACCCUUAUCCUUUGAUUACUGUAAAUAAUUUAGAGAAGUACCCAACUAUUUGAAGGACACUUUCAGAGGAAAUUUGACUGAAAAGUAGACAAUCUGAUCUAUGGGAAGCAGGUGUGAAGAAACAAAAAUGCUUCCAAUUGUAGCUCUGUAUAACUUAGGCAAGAACACUGUUUAUGACAGUAUAGAUUAGUGUUCCUCCCUUCCCCGCCCCCCAGCUUACUGUGAAUUUGGGCAGAAGUUGUUUUGGGGUAGGGGGUGAAAGGUACACUAGCAAGUAUCAUUUUUUAAAUCAACAGUAGUUCUUCAUUAUAACUUGAAAUACAUUAUUACUGUGCAUUAUUACUGUGCGGGUGGUCGCUGGCCAGCUCCAGGCGCUCUUGGAUGAAACCGAUUAUCUGGAUCCGUUUCAAUCCGGUUUUAGGUCCGGUUUUGGCACUGAAACAGCCUUGGUCGCCCUGUAUGAUGACCUUUGUCGGGAGAGGGACAGGGGGAGUGUGACUCUGUUGACUCUCCUUGAUAUCUCAGCGGCGUUUGAUACCAUCGACCAUGGUAUCCUUCUGGGGAGGCUCGCGGAGUUGGGAGUUGGGGGCACUACUUGGCAGUGGCUCCGCUCCUACUUAGCGGAUCGUCGCCAGAAGGUAGUGCUUGGGGAACAUUGCUCGACACCCUGGACUCUCCAUUGUGGAGUCCCUCAGGGUUCGUUUUUGUCCCCUAUCCUCUUUAACAUCUACAUGCAGCCUCUGGGUGCGGUCAUCAGGAGUUUUGGAGUGCGUUGCCAUCAGUACGCUGAUGACACGCAGCUCUACUUCUCCUUUUCACCUUCUUCAGGUGAGGCUGUUGAUGUGCUGAACUGUUGCCUGACCACGAUAAUGGACUGGAUGAGAGCUAAUAAACUGAAACUCAAUCCAGACAAGAUUGAGACACUGUUGGUGAGCUCUUUCCCUGCCCAGAUGGUGGAUGUUUCUCCUGUUCUAGAUGGGGUUACACUCCCCUUGAAGGAACAGGUUCGUAGUUUGGGGGUCCUUUUUGACCCUUCCUUGUCGCUUGAGGCUCAAGUGGCCUCGGUGGCACGGAAUGCAUUCUACCAUCUUCGCUUAGUAGCCCAACUAUGCCCCUAUCUGGACAGUGAUGAUCUCGCCUCAGUUGUUCACGCUCUGGUAACUUCUAGACUGGAUUACUGUAAUGCGCUCUACAUUGGGCUGCCCUUGAAGACUGUUCGGAAACUUCAGCUAGUGCAAAACGCGGCAGCCAGGUUGUUGACGAGGACCAAUCGGUCCGCGCAUAUAACACCUGUCCUGGCUCGCUUGCACUGGCUACCUAUUUGUUUCCGAGCCAGAUUCAAGGUGCUGGUUUUGACCUAUAAAGCCUUACACGGUGUGGGACCGCAAUACCUUGUGGAACGCCUCUCCCGCUAUGAACCUACCCAUUCACUUUGUUCAGUAUCUAAGGCCCUCCUCCGGGUACCAACUCACCAGGAUGCCCGGAGCAUUGUUACUAGAUCUAGGGCCUUUUCUGUGGUGGCCCCCGAACUGUGGAACAGCUUACCGGAGGAGAUACGCCUGGCGCCUACAGUUCUUUCUUUUAGGCGCCAGGUUAAGACCUGGCUAUACUCCCAGGCAUUUUAAUGUUCAUGUUUUUAUGUUUAAUGUUUUAGUUUUAAUUUUGCUGCUCUUUGUUACUGAUUUUAUUCUAAUAUUGUAUUUUAAUCUUGUUUUGUACACCGCCCAGAGAGCUAUUAGCUAUGGGUGGUUUAGAAAUGAAAAUAAAUAAAUAAAUAAAUAAAUACUAAAAACAAAGAGAAACUCUUCCAGAAGAGAAAAUUCAUAGUUUUCAUACUUGUCUUAAGAUUUACUACAUUGUCAGUUUUUGUCUAUUUUAUUUAAUUUUAAUUAAAAUGUUGGAGGUUCAGGUUACUUAUCCAAACAUUACAUGAGACAGAACAGAAACUUAAACUUUCAAAAAGAGGGUUCAAAAUAUGUAUACUAUGGGCUGCAUCCAAAGGUUCCCUUUCAUGAGUGAAAGGACGACUUCUGUUGGCAAAAGGGAAUCUUUGUAUCCAACCUUACAUGUAUGUGUUCUAAUAUUUUUCUUCACUGAAAAAUCUGGCAGAAAUAAGAAUAACAUAGAAAGUGUUGUAAUAAACAAGAAUUAUAUUAGUUUUCAGUAACUGCAGAAGCAUUGGAUCAUCGCUUAACUCUGUACCCUGAAUAGGUCUGAAUGUGGCCCUUGGAACUCUCCUCAACCAUUCCCAUUUAUCCAGGCCAUACCCUUACCAGCACUGCUUUGCACUCUCAUUGAGGGUUUUUGCCUUGGCUGGAAUGUGUCUGAACUUUGAUAAUGCUUCUUGCUUGCCGGGAUGGAGAAUGGGAAGGGGUAUGUGUAAAAACUGGUCUACUUUACAAAGCUAAACUUUGUAUUUGUUGCUCUGCUCUCUUGUGCCUCUGACCAUGUCCACCACUGGCAUGUAGCUUCUGGACUGUUGCCCAGAAGGGAAUGAAGCCCUUGGGUUGAAAAGAAUUUCCCCACCCCUGCUGUAUGCCAUCUUGUGUAUGUCAUGUAGCAUGUAAAUAUUUGUGUUUUUUCUGGGCAAAUAGAAUAUUUAAACCUAAGACUUAGACAUUUAUUAUGUCAAACCCAGAGCAAUUGUUUUAUGGAUUCAGAGUUUCAGUGUGGAUUUCAGUGUGUUCAAUUUCUGAGUAUGCAGUGACUCCCAUUCAUUCCAAUGGAGAAAAUUGCUUUACAUCCAUAUACCUUCACACAGACAGAUCUGCAGGCCCAUUGCUUGAAGUUUCAUGGAGGUGGUCUAAGGAUACGUUGAGCCUUAUAAGCCAAUGCAAAAGACCAGAACUUAAGUUCACAUAGUGUAUUUAAAGCUCUAAACUUAUUAAAGUAUUCUAAUGGCAUACUGCCUAUAUGUCGUAUUUUUCCAGCUGGAGACAUACAGGAAGUCAAUCACUCACUCCUGUUUCUUCCAACCUGCUUUUUUCAUGGGAAUGAUGGGGCAGUCAGUGGACUGAAGAGAUCCAUAUGCAUCUGAGCACAUAUGAAGGUCUAGACUGGGGUUAUUGGUUUACUGUCUACAAUUGUUUUAAUACUAUCUCUUGACUUACUCAGAUUAGUGAUGUUUUCUAUUCUGCAUUUCCUCCAGACUUCAGACCAAUGGUGUAUGUUGUUUAGCCUUAAAACAUCCCUGUGAGAUAGGCUAGAGACUGAGGGAGAAUGACUUAACAAAGACCAUCCACUGAGCUCUGUGAUUUUGGUGGGGAAAUAGUGGAACAAAACAAUGUAGCCAAAUGCAAUUUUGUUAUUUUCCCCAAACAAUGAAGCCUUAUUAUUAACCUAUGUCUAAAGAUUAGAGAAACAAAGGGUUGCUUUCCCCAUUCCUCCCCAUAUACCAAAAGGUUUUAAUUAAUAGUUUCUCUUAUUGCUCACUUUAAUUGUACAAAUGUUGCCCUUUACUAUCCAAAUACUUCUGAAAUUCAAGAGAUGUUUUUAAAUGUACUGUAAAACUAUAUACCUAAAUAAGCUUAUUGAAUAUAACUUUUUGGUUCCAUGUCUGUGAAUUAGUUCAUACUUUCAUCUGAGCUCAGUUUUCUCAUUGCAAACUGCAUUUUUGCAGUUGCAUGGAGAAAAUAUUGAUUUGAAACAAAAGUACAGCUAAAUUUCACAGCUAUAUUUGCACAACCCUUCCCAACCCUUUCACUU